CAACACACGAGGGAAGUCGCGCUUGCUUCUUGAGGUGGGAAAACAACCAUGAAUGACUCACAAAAGGUCAACAUCAAAAUGGACAAUGCCACCUUGGCCAUGUUUGACAACAAAUUGGCCAGUGAAAUUGUGUCAGCCAUCUAUGUCAUCGUGACCCUUGCCAACCUGAGCGGUAACGGCAUCUCUCUGUUUCUGUUACUGAUGCGCACCUCUCCGAAAACCCCCUCCAUCAUCUUCAUGAUCAACCUCACCCUCACUGACCUCAUACUGGGCACUGUGCUCCCCUUUCAGAUCGCGUACCAAAUGCAGGGCUACAACUGGACUUUGGGUGCAGGCAUGUGCAAUGUACUGACGGUGGUUUUCUAUGCCAACAUGUACUGCUCCAUUUUAUUCAUGACUGCUAUUAGCGCCGACCGCUACCUGGGGAUUGUAAAACCGAUGCGCUUCAGAGAGAUGAGGAAGAGAAAAACAUAUGCAAUUGUUGCCUGUAUAUUCAUAUGGCUGCUAGUCCUUGUGAUUCUGAACCCGCUGGAACGCACAGAACUGAUAUAUGAAGUAAAGGAGCGCAAUAUCACCACAUGUUUUGACGUGUUGAAGAAGGACAUGCUCCCGAGCACUGCUCACUGGGCGGGCUUCCUUUUUGGCAUGUUCAUCAUUCUCUUCCUCUGUCCGUUCAUCAUAACAGUGUAUUGCUACAUUAACAUCAUCUGCGUCCUGAUCAGAAAGACCAAUAGUCAACAGAAAGGCCGUGCUGUGCGGUUGGCGUGCAUCGUUCUGUUUGUGUUCAUUUUUUGUUUUGCUCCCAAUAACAUAUUACUCUUGGCCCACUCGAUCGCAAGGCUGUACUACAACAAGUCUCUCUAUAUCUACUAUAAACUGACCCUGUCUCUUAGCUGCAUUAAUAGUUGCAUAGAUCCAUUUAUUUAUUAUUUUGCAUCGAAAGAGUUUCGUCGGAAGCUGAGGCAAAUGCUGAGGUUGCAGACUCUCAGUACGGGAGAGACGCAAAUGAUUGAGGGUCAUAGAGAAAGCUUUUUCUCUGGACGUACAACGUGCAAUGCAAAUGAAGACUGUGAAGACUGUUUUUAACAUGACUUUUAGUUUCUGCUAUUUUUAUUUUAGAGGAGGGGGAAAUGUCAUAAUCAGGAAAAUGUCAUGAUUCAGAUUUGCAGCGGCCACAUGAGCACUGUUAAAUGAGUCAGAGCACAAGAGCUAACCGCUAGGCCACAGCUCUGACACACUUCCUAGUGUUUAUAAUAAUAUAUUUGUAAAUGCAAACUCACAGACAGGACCACUUCCUAUAUUUUGUUUUGUUGUUAUUGUUUUGUAGCAUUUAGCUUUUGUUCUGUUUUGAUUUCCUGGCUGAGCAGCUGAAGAAAAGCACGCUGCUCACAUGCAGUCAUGCCGCGUGAUUUUGUGUACUUUUUUUUUUUUUUUGGUAUCAGACAACCAAGUUCCUACUCACCGAAACUUUGACGUAUUUGUUUUGUACAAUGAUGCGUGGUUAGACUUAGCGGCAACUUCAGUAAUUUCUGAUUCGACUUAAAAAGUACAAAGACUUAAUGUGGCAGCUAUUUUAGAUGUAUUGCUAACCUGUAAAUUAUUUUUAUACUGUAAAAUAUGCAGUUAUUGUUUAGUUGGAACUCAUUUUCUUUUCUAUGAACCAAACUGU